CCAACUCUCAAAUCACCGAGUCAGUGAAAUGUGAACUGAACUGAAGCUCGAAACGCAAAGCAGGCGAAGAUGGCAGUGGAGAUUGACGACAAAGACUUGAAAGCCGCCGGCGCUGAACUCUUCGCUGAUGGCGGCAAUCGCGGUGUUCGCAUCCAUGGAUGGCUGAUCGAGUCUCGCACACACUCCAUUCUCAACUCCGCAGCUAUCCAAGAGUGGGAACAUAAACUUGAUACUAAUCAUUUACCGGAAAUGGUUUUUGGGGAGAACACUUUGAUUCUGAAGCACUUGAGCAGUGGCACCAAAAUUCAUUUCAAUGCGUUUGAUGCUCUUUGUGGUUGGAAGCAGGAAGCCUUGCCACCAGUUGAAGUUCCUGCAGCGGCUAAAUGGAAGUUUAGAAGCAAGCCUUCUCAGCAAGUAAUACUAGAUUAUGACUAUACUUUUACAACACCUUAUUGUGGAAGUUGCACAGUUGAGAAUGAUAAAGAUAUGCUACAUAGUGAUAGAAGAUAUUCAAUUUUUGUAUGGCAGAAUGCAAAAGAAACUUCUGAGGAAACAAGCAAUAUCCUUUGGCAAGACUGCAAGGAACAAAUUGAUUUGGUUGCAUUGGCAUCCAAAGAGCCUAUAUUGUUUUAUGAUGAGGUAGUCCUAUAUGAGGAUGAACUUGCUGACAAUGGAGUAUCACUUCUUACUGUAAAAGUGAGAGUAAUGCCAAGUUCUUGGUUUCUUCUCCUGCGAUUCUGGCUUAGAGUUGAUGGAGUGCUCAUUCGACUGAGGGAAACUCGCAUGCAUUGUGUAUUUGGUGGAAGCACAAAUCCCAUUAUACUUCGGGAGACUUGCUGGAGAGAAUCUACAUUUGAAGCUUUGUCUGCUGGCUCUUAUUUCUCCUGCAGUUGCUUUGUCUUAGCUGUCAUCUACAAGAAUGGUUGUAAUUUGAUGUUUAACGCCUCUCUAAUUGAUUGGUUCAUGCAGAAAGGAUACCCUUUUGAUGCCGCUACAUAUAAUGAUCCAAGCAUAAUCAGCCAGAGGCUCCCCAUCAUCAUGCAUAGGGCUCAAAAGCUUGUUAUUUCCUCUUAAGUUAUAUGGCUGUAAAUUCCCUAUAAUGUAAAAGGGGUUAUAAUCAAUUCUUGUUCAUAUUUUUAUUCAAACUUCUGGCAUGGCUAUUGAAACUAUUACUUGCGUCAUGAGGUAAUAUCAAGUCAAGAUGCGUACUUAUCAUGCUUUGUGCUUA